UGGGACUUGUCAGUGUACGUCACUCGGUCGGGGGGAGGAAAGGUGUUGAUCUGGCCUCGCAGGAUAUUUUCAGCUGGGUAGUUUCGCUCGUUUGUCAUUUCUGUGAGAAAAGAAAGGGUGUGAUCGCAGUUUCUACCUGACCGACGUUUUGUUUUCCCCUCGCAGCUAUUCGUCGAAUUUCCUCACAAGUUGAGUUUGCUUUUGGCUUUUAAGGGAAGCGGAGCUGACAUUAAAGGAUGCUGAGAGGGCCCUGAGUAGGGUCUCCAAGAUGAGUGUGACAUCGUGGUUCCUGGUCAGCAGCUCAGGCACACGCCAUCGGUUGCCACGGGAGAUGAUUUUUGUGGGCCGGGAAGAGUGCGAGCUAAUGCUGCAGUCACGCAGUGUGGACAAGCAGCAUGCUGUGAUCAACUAUGACCCAAACAUGGAUGAACACAUGGUGAAAGACCUGGGCAGCUUGAACGGGACAUUUGUGAAUGAUCUCCGAAUCCCAGACCAGACAUACAUCACCCUCAAGCUCUCUGAUGUCAUUCGCUUUGGUUAUGAUGCUCAUGUGUACAUGCUGGAGAAGAGUCAACACAAGGUCCCAGAGGAAGCUCUGAAACAUGAGAAAUAUACCAGCCAGCUGCAGCUUAGUAUGAAGGCCUUGGAGGCCAGGAAGAAGGAAAAAAAACAGGGGCAGAACCCAGAGAAGAGCAGAGACCCUGAAUCCUCCCAGGCCAAACUGCAGGACAGGGCAGAGCGCAAAGCCCACUCGGUCACAGUCACCACAGAUUGUCAAAUAUCCAAGCCUACUCCUCUUUAUGGCCAACCAUCCUGGUGGGGGGAGGAUGAGGAGCCAAAAAACAAGGAAGAGAACGAUGACGGGAAGCAGCCAGACCAGGAGUCAUCAGAGCCUGCUAAAGAAGUCUACAGACAUGAGAUCAAUGGCUCUCUAUCUGACAGCCAGGGCAAGACAAUCUCCUCCUACCGCCGGGAGCCUAGCUACUUUGAGAUCCCCACCAAGGAGUUUCAGCAGCAUAUCGCCAAAAAACCUCAGGCAGAUGUUCAAGAGGUCCCCACGAAGGACACGCUGGAUCCCUCCCUAUGUGUCCCCUCUACCCCUACUUCUGUGGUCCAAAGUCAUGCCUCCUUCACCAUCGAGUUUGAUGAUUGCACGCCUGGCAAGAUGAAGAUCAAGGACCAUGUCACCAAGUUCUCCUUCCGCCAACAGCGGAAGCCCACAUCCAAAGAGGCAAUGACCACACCAUCUGAAGUGAUGUCAGCAGAAAGCAAAGUUGCUGAUUGGUUGGUUCAGAGCAACAGGAGCAUGAUGAGAAGGAGGUCAACAACUGAAGACAUGUACAGCAUUAAAAGUGAUCAGUCAAUUCAGAGGACCACCAAGGGACACCACCAUGAAGAUGGCACGCACAGUGACUCAGAGGAACCUGCAGUUAAAGGCAAAGAUGUCCAGCCUCCGAUUGCAUUCCAGGGCUCCGAAACAUCCCAAAGAGCAUUCCCUCCACGCCUUUUUUCCUCACACGGUUUCACCUCCCCAGAUUCUGAAGAGCCCCGGACAUGUUCUACUCCAGAAACCCAGUCCCCGCCCAGUCUUGGAAAGGCUGACCCUCACCAAGCUUUUGUGAUUGAAUUCUUCAACGAUAACCCACGAAAGAAGCGCUCCCAGUCCUUUACCAACAACAUGACCCAGCCCGACACUUCAGUCCACAGAGCUCAGCUGGAGAAAAUAAGAAAAGGCUCAGGCCCAAGUGGGGAGAAACAAGUCCCCUCUUCAGCAUCCAGCACUCCCCCAUCCCAACGAUACACCAUUCCCCUCAAGGGCUCAGGUUCUCCAGGACACCAGAGAGCUGGCUCUUUAAGAAGGGAGAAGACAGAGGAUCGGAUUAGUACAGGCUUUUCCUCACGCUCCUCUUCUUCUGUGUCAAUCCGGCCCUUUGGAAGCGUUGGCCGUAGAUCUAAACUUGCCCAGGACUUUACUGCUGAAUUCCUGAAACAAGCCAAACAAGCCUUCACCACCAGCAGGGAGAAAAGCCCAUCUAGUUCCCCUACAUCAAAUUCAUCAGGGACUACGACUACCUCACAGUCUCACCAUAGUCCAGCCAGUCCCCCGCUAUCUACUGUUCCCCACCUUGUUCAAACCUCUUCUCCUGUACACCAGCCUAUGCCCCUCAAGGCUCCCCUAAUGCCCCAGGCCUCACAGAGUGCAGAAGUCAAGAGCCCACGGUAUGGCCCCAAGAAUGAAGAGGAGGACAGUCUGAGCGAUGCAGGAACCUACACAAUCGAAGCAGACGCACAAGAUAAAGAAUUGGAAGAAGCACGGCGCAAGAUUGAUCAGGCAAGUGGUCUGCACACUUCAUCGUCCCUUGUGUUUGGUGUGGUUGAGAGCCCAGAGCAAACCAACCAGAAUGAAGCAGAAACAUCAGCAGCGUAUAGGCCUGUUAUUGUUAAGGGCAGGGAGCAGCAUAGGCAAAGUAACUGUGGGGAGCUGAGGACAGCUCCAGGACAGGGAGAGAGUCGGGUGAAGGUUAAUUUGGGGGGUCCUGUGUUACAAGGAGCUCCAAAGUGGAUGUCUCGCUGGGCCAGCUUGGCAGACAGCUACACAGACUCUGGCCCUUCAUGUGGCUUUUUUGACAUUCCCUCCCAGAUGGAGCUGCCAGGGGGAGGAGGUAAAAUCAAUCGCAAGACCACGCUCGGCCAAAACCAGGACAGUGCUGAGUCCGAAAGCUCCAGAACUCGACGAAUCCUGCCUCAGGUCCCACCAGGGGAGAAGAGUGAGAUUCAAACUCCCAGCAUUCAUGUUCACUAUGACCUGCAAUCAACCUUUGAUAUAUUGGACAGUAGCUCACUGGACCCCAGGUCUCAGGAUGUUCUCCAGAGGUUAACUGUUCAGGAUGAUGUGGAGCCUGACAGCUUGAGUGACGCCAGCAAGUCAGAUGAUGGCUCCAUCUUAGAGCAAAGGAUGAGACCGCUGUCUGAUACAUCAGAGAAGAAUAAAGAGGAGAAACCCAGACUCCCUGCAAAGUCAACGUCCUUCUAUAUAGGCUCAGAUGAGACUGUAGCUAAACCAGAAUGUGGAGGCUCAAAGCCCAGCACUCCCAAGACUGAAAGAAAACAGCCAUCUAAAAACUUCUCCACAGCGACCUUGACCAGACCAAGAAGUAGCCAAGACUCUGGGAAGGUAAAACCCAAUGCUUCUGCUCCCCUUCUUGGCCAGGGAGCGGAGACCCUAGAGUCCAAAGAGUGCCUGGUAAACACCCUGGUCAGACAGGAGAGCUUCACUAAGGACCGGCCCAUUGAUGCUAGGCUGCCCAACAUAUCCAGCCUGCCCACUCAAAAAGACACUGACACAUUUCAAGGAGUGUGCAGUCAGGACACUCACACUUACCUCAAACAGACAGAGGAUGUUCUCGCUGCCCUGGAGGCCAAGCUCCAAGCAGGCCAGCCAGGGAUCAGUCCCUCACCUGUAAUGGACUCUCUUUCUGGGGAUUCGGAUGUGGAUACCUCCAGCACUGUCAGCCAGCACAGCAAUAAGACCAAGCCAAAUACACUGUCUAAAAAGCCCUCCAUUACCAGCCUCCGUAGAGAGAAAUCUUCAGCCGGUAUAGCUAGUCAAGACUCCAAUCGCAAGUCCUCUGCAUAUGAGCGUCUCACAGAGAAUCGCCGCACCCAUGAUGGCAUCACCAGCAAGAACGACUUAAGCAGGAGGCCAGUUGGACUGAGACGCAGCAUAGGUAAACGUGGCUCCACGGACCUAAGUGACGACCCCCAGAGCUCAAGCCUACCGUAUUCCGACCAGGAGUCUGGCACUCGCCAGCCCCGCAAAAAAUACACAACCCCCCUUCAAAAAGAGGACCCAAAGACCUCCAAAGCAUCCCAUGUCCUGAGUCGUUCCAACAGCCUGUCAGCCCCAAGACCCACCAGGGCUUCCAUGUUGCGCAGGGCUCGUCUCGGAGAGGCCUCUGACAAUGAGGGAACAGAAACAGAUAGGAUUUCCCAGGAAGUGGGGAGUGCUUCAACUAAGCAGCCCCAGGAGGCCAAGAAGCUGUCCAGGCUGGAUAUGCUGGCCAUGCCUCGCAAGAGGACCAGCUCGUUCAACACGCCCAGCGAUACAGAGGCCGCCUCCACAGGUAGGAGCACUGGAUUCUCUAACCGCAGCACAGAGUCCAGUAGCAGCUCUGCCCGCAAAGCCUCUGUUCCUGUUCCUGGAGCACCACCACAGAAAGGAGCCCUUAACAGGACACCUAUCACCCGUGGACGCUCCAGCAGUGCCAAAUACACCAGUAGCACAGCAAGCUCAAGGAGACGACAGAAAGGCUCUGAUUACACCUCCACCUCAGAGGAGGAGUACGAUUCCAACCAGAGCACCCCUAAACACAAACGUUCCCAACCUUCCCCAGCUUCCCAUAAUCUGCAAAGUCAGUCCCGUCCACAACCACUAGUUGCCCUGCGACCCAAACCCCGCGGCAGGGACUACUCUGAGGAUGAGAGCCAUGAGGGAGAUGCCUUCCAGAACUGGUCUAGCCACAGUGCUGAGAUUGCACGGUUGAGUCAGGAUCUGGCUAAAGAUCUAGCUAUCUUGGCCAGAGAGAUACAUGAUGUGGCUGGUGAUGCUGAUCCUCAGAGCUCUCGAAUGGAGACCAAUGCCCCUGCUUCCAAAGGGACUGCUCAUGAAGAGCUGGUUCAGCACCUUCCCGAGGUUGGAUUAAACUACCCGAGAGCCCUGCCAGGCUCUGCUGAACAAAAGCAGCUUGACCAGAUCAGUAAUUGGGACACAGAAGAGCCCACUGUUGACCGCCUGAUGCUAAACCCAGUGACUCAGGUUUCCAUGGCCAUCAGAGAAAACACCGAGCAACUAACUGACAAAAUCAAAUUACUUUUCCAAGACAAGAUGGAUGUCUGGGAAGAAAUUGAGGCCAAGAUCAAUUCUGAAAACGAUGUCCCCAUCCUCAAAACCUCAAACAAAGAAAUUGCAUCCAUCCUGAAAGAACUCAGAAGAGUUCAGAGACAGCUUGAGGUCAUUAACACUAUCAUCGAACCGCCACCGGUGGUCGUCACCUCUUCGACUGGAGUGCGACCCUCUAAACCCCCCAGCAGAGACUGGAGAACGAUCCACUCUGUCUCCCAUCGUGGUGGGGGACCCAGGCCCAGUGAGAGUGUCAGGAGAGCGGCUGUGACGCCAGAUGACAGCAGAGAGGGUUAUUUGGUUUGAUAUCGGUCUUCCCCCCCACAGAGCCAGGUGUGGGGCUCUUCUGCGUACGGCGAUACCGGAAUGAGGAAGUGAAACAGGCUAUGCAUAACUUUAGCCUCCAGCACAUCAAGACACAUACACAACUGCACUAUUGGCAGUAAAUAGCAACAUUAUAUAUUCAGUAGUGUGAGAAAAGGCCUGCACUAAAUGCUCCCAAGGUCUUGACAUGAGGCACUGUUCAGGAGAAAGAUAGCCCUUUAAACAAGGCUGUGUUGGUGCCAUAGUGUCUCCCAUUAAUGCAGAAAAGGCUUCAGAACUAUACUUGACUAUUUAUAUGGUAGCGAUUGAUAUAUUAUUUGCCAAUGGUAUGAACUAUACAAUUUUGUGAAGCACAGUGUAAAUAGUUAGUGGGAUUUAAAAAAAAAAACGACCUGAAUGUGAUCACAUCAUAUCAGGUGGUAAAAAUUAAGGACUCUGGUUAUUGUAACAAAUUGAGAUUUCUGUGUUGUAUUGAGAUUAAUCACAUCUUUUGAGGACAUUUUAUUUGCGGUUUGUUGUGAAUAGGAAGAACUGCAGCAACACCCUGCAGAUGUGACUUCUCUGUGUUUUUCACGCAGAGCGAUUCCCGUCACAUCUUAGUUCUUUCCCCUAUAUUUUUAUCUUUGACCACAUUUCCCCCCACUGUGGACAACUUACCGAAGAAUGUAAAAUAUAUUUAUUACUGCUGAAUGCUAUGGUAUUAAAGAGGGCAACUGUCUAAUAAAACAAAUAGAAGAUAGCAUUCAGAUGACUUUAAGAUAGUCUUUUGAAACUAGUGCCAGAGAAAGAUUGUUAUAUUUUCAGUUGAAACAUACCAUGAUGAGAUAUUUGUUCUUUUGCAAAUCGAGUUAUGUCUGCCCUCUCCAGUAAUCAGACACUACAAAUGUCUGCCAAAUGAGGUUAAAAACCUUUGGUGCAUAGGCAGAAGAUGAGGAUUUAAUUAACUGGCAAAAGCAAAGUCAGCCAGCUGCAAAAGUAGACUUGUGAGUUGAAGCAUUUUAAGCGUUCCUGGUAUUUGCUGUUUGGAGAGCAGUCUAUAUUUCAAUGUGUUUAACAGGGUUUGGGAGAAUAUGGGCCUUACUCGGUGUUUGGAGUUUUGUUUUGUUUUUUUGUACCUACAAAGCACAAUAUGCUGCCGAGUUUUGCCAAAGACGACCAUAAAACGUUUGUCAGACAGAAAACUCUCGAGCAUCCCCACAUGUUCCUCGGUCGAACACACUACAGUAUUUUACUUUUGAGGACAUUACCCUACACCCAAACCUAUGCAUUAUUCCUACACCCGAACCUAUACAUGAUUCCUACACCCGAACCUAUACAUGAUUCCUACACCCAAACAUAUACAUGAUUCCUACACCCGAACCUAUACAUGAUUCCUACACCUGAACCUAUGCAUUAUUCCUACACCCGAACCUAUACAUUAUUCCUACACCCGAACCUAUACAUUAUAUCUACACCCGAACCUAUACAUUAUACCUACACCCGAACCUAUACAUGAUUCCUAUCAGAAAGGCUAUUAGGUAUGCUGUGUGGGAAGAGUUCUCAUAUAUGUCUGUGUUUCUAUGGAAAAGGCAAAGCUAUGAAGAUGCAAGUCUACUUCCCAAUGGUCCUCGCUUGUCAAGAAUCACAAUAUAUUUUUAUUUAUUUUCUUUAUUGAUUCAAUUGACAAAGGGUAGAAUGUCUGUGCAAUUUUAUAUCUUAACUAGUGAAAUCAUUAGUUGUGUCAUUUCUUGUUCAGUAUGUGUAUAUCUGAAGAUUGUUUGUCCCCCAAAAAAAUUACCUCUCCAUCUUGUAUUUUGCACUAAUGUUGUACAACAGAGCCCCCUCAACCAUAUAUGCUGCAAACUGUAAUCUACUCUCUCCCAACAGUGCUCAUUUUGUCAGUAAAUACUUCUCUACUACUUGCACAUCGACAUUUUUAUGCCGUUUAAAACUAAAAGCAACUCAGUGCACUGCCAAGUGUUUUCCCUCUCUCCCAAAUGGUUUCUGCUUAUGAUUGUAAUGUGGAGGCCCUGAGUGCCACACAGAUGUUUGGGAGGAUGUGUCCUACAGCCGAGCACAGGGCUGGUUUACAAACAUGAGCUCAUGCAAAAAAAAUCCAAAAAACGAAAGUGAAUGUCUGACGUUUGGACCGCUCUGGCUCAAAACGCUGCUGCUUUUCUCUGGGACAGUAUUUCUUCCCCCUUUCCUUUACUCUGUGCAAGCUGAGUAAGUUGUAAAUGUAAGUGUCUGUUUUGUCCUUCGGUAGAUCUUUCCACCCCUCUCGCCCAAGAUUUGUCGCUUUUCUUUGGAUCCGCUUAGUUCAAAUUCCUUUUAUUUUCUCACUAUUUGGUGUUUCCAAGUUGACCUUGUUAUUUAUGUAAAUUUUGAUCCAAGGUAGAUAAAUGAUGAUUCAGUUUUUUUUUCUAAUAAAUUUCCUUUG